AUGUCUCUUUCAAUACUUGUCCGCUUCCUUUAUUUGGUGUUGUUCAUAGUAUUUGUGGAUGGCCAAUGCCUCGAUGAUCAACAAAAGUUGUUACUUGAGCUCAGGAGCGAAUUCAAAUUCAACUCCUCCAUUUCACAGGGUUUAGAGCAUUGGAAUGGGACAGGUGAUUGUUGUGAAUGGAAGCGCGUGAAAUGCGAUGACUCGGGUCACGUUAUCAGUUUGCUCCUCAACAGCGAGGGCAUCUCCGGCAGAAUUGGUGAGUCAUCAGCUCUUUUCCGGUUGACAUACUUGUCGAGGCUUGACCUCUCAUCCAAUGACUUCACCACAACUGAGAUUCCUAACCAAUUCCAUCAUCUCCCAAAUUUGGCAAUCCUUGAUUUGUCAGACUCUGGUUUCAAGGGACCAAUUCCAUCCACGUUGGCCAACCUAACUGAGCUAGUUUUUCUCGAGUUAUCAAACAACUUCCUCACUGGUUCGAUUCCUUCAUUUCAUAACUGCAAGAAUCUUGAAUCCAUAAAGCUUAGUGAUAAUAAUCUAAUGGGCUCACUUUCUCACUUGCAUUUUCAAGUGGACAAAUCGAAGAAAUUUCCAUUGUAG